AUGGGGUUGUACCUGCUGACGGCCAUCAGCAUCGAGAGGUGUGCGUCCAUCCUCUGCCCGCUCUGGUACCGCUGCCACCGCCCCCAGCACCUGUCAGGGGUGGUGUGUGCCCUGCUCUGGGUCCUCUCUGUCGCUGUCAUUGCCACGGUGACUUCCCUAUGCCUGUUACACAAGCAUGAGCUUUGCCAGAAGUCUCUCAUAUCCAUGUUUGUCCUCAGCUUCGUCAUCUUUGCCCCACCCAUGGUCAUCUCCAACGUGAUCCUGGUCAUUAAGGUCCUCUGUGGCUCCAAGAGACGUCAACCUAAGAGGCUCUACAUCGUUAUCUUCCUCAAUGUCACCUUCUUCCUCCUCUUUGUGGUUCCUUUCAGCUCCUUUCUUUUCCUGCAGCAGCUCAGCUACCCUGUCAUGUCCUCCCAGAUUGCUUUCCUGCUCGCCUGCAUCAACAGCAGCAUCAACCCCUUCAUCUACUUCCUGGUGGUGAGCUGCCGGAGGCGCUGUUCCCUGAUGUCCCUCCAGGUCGCCUUCCGGAGGGUCUUUGAGGAGACGGCGGUCACCACGGUCUCCAGCUAA